UGACGGCGGUCGCCCUGUACAAACGCCAUUACCUUUCCCGCAUACCAAGGGUGCCCGAGUUGCCUGAUACGCACAAAAUACCCCGUGAGCCGGGCCGACCCAGCGAGGCGCAUCGUGGAGAGGCUAAACAGAAACUUGGAAUUUUCGAUACAUAUAUAAUAGCAUCUACCCCGUUGCUCUUGCCGACGACAGCCGGAGGUUGGCUGCCUAUUACGAACACCCGACCGCAAGCGCCAGACCCCGAAUAGAGAGCCUGACAUAGAUAGAGCCCUUGCCUCAUUCUGUCCCACUGCCGACAAGUCCUUACCCUCUGCUAGCGAUCCGAACUCACCGCCUCGGGCAAGGGGGAGCUAUGACUACAGCUACCCGGCCUAACUACUUCCCUAACCACCUCGCUAUGGGUAAUCCCUCGAGUGACAGGGCCUCGCAGCCUCUUGCGUCGUCGUUUGUCCCUCCUACCUGGCAGCCAGGUGGUAUUUGGGGUAACAACGCGAUCAUUAGCGGCUCACUGAAUUCGCGGCGAGAUGUGGCGGGUUCCAGAGAACCAGAUGAGCCUCCAUCUAGUGCUAUUUCAAGAUCUGCGCACUCGCAAGCUGCGCCGUGGGUUUCCCGUGGCGGUAUAUGGAACCAACCGGCAAGUGCACAUCCGGGUCCUUCGUCGACUGGAAGCGCUUCACCGACUCGCACAAGGGAUGGAUUCCAAAAUUCCUUCUCCGAAAUCCCAAGUAACCCUAACAUCUUCCAACUACGGGCCCCCGGCGCUCCAAAUGGGACCAUCUCCUCGAACAGAACGAUGCCUCCCGGGCCGUCGGACUCCUCGAUGGCCCCGUUUAAAUACACGGUUGGCUUGGGGGAUGCGGUUGGCGACGAUAGAGGGAGCUCGAACUUGUACGGGUCAAACGGGAACCAGCCUCUGGACCCCGACACUUCCGCGCUCUACCGGCGUAACUCCGGCGACCCGACAUUCUUAGGUCUUGGUCAUAGUCGACAGUCGACUCUCGCAUCACGGCAGGCCGAUACCGAGACGCAUGCGCCUGCUCACCGGUAUGGUGACAGCUCGCACUAUCCAUUCAACAAACUUCCGGGCCACCCUAAACCGCAAGCUCAACGACCGUCUAUUUCUGGCGCGUCGGUCACGCUGGCGCCGGAACCGGGUCGUUCGAACGCUUUCGCGUUUGGGGCGCCAGAUGCCUCCAGCCACGACCUUGAGGAUAGUUUUAGCCGCGUUCUCGCUUUGGACGACACUUCAGACAACCCCGGUGGUGGAUUUUCGACCAACGGGCAUUUCAACCCCGCGAAUCAGCCGUUUCAGUUUAAUCCCGUUUCCCAACCAUGGCAACACGAACAAGCAGGGAGCAAUUCGAGAGCGUUCAACCAAAACGUGCCGGAAUCUUGGGCCGAUCCUGUGAACGCCUCGCUUUACGGCUCGAAAAGGGUCGCAGCAGCGGCAGAGAGGGUAUCGCCCACCGGCCCUUAUCGACCCGGUGUCAAUAGCCCGAGGGCCUUCAGCGGGACCCCCAAUCCGAGGGCGGAUCCGUGGAGCCGGCCCGGGUCGAGAGACCUCAGAAUGCACCCGGAUUUUGAACGAACGCAACAUGGUUCCCAAUAUCUACAGCAGCAACCGGGCUUCUUCCCUCAGUCGUUCUACGGCACCGGGAUCGCUCCGUUCUCGACCUCCUACGAACAAUAUGUGCAGAAUCCUAGCUACCGCUCCCAGGUUCAGGUCUCGGGGUACGGUCUACCUGUGAAUUACGUCCCCAGUAUCCCCGUGCCCCUUCGACCCAGCAGGGAUCAAGACCCCGGGAAAGGUGUUCGUAGCGUGCUUCUCGAAGAAUUCCGAAGCAAUGUCAAGACCAACAACAAGCGCUACGAACUCAAGGACAUAUAUAGCUAUAUCGUGGAGUUUAGCGGUGAUCAGCAUGGUUCUCGGUUCAUCCAAGAGAAGCUUCAAACGGCGAACAGUGACGAAAAGGAUCAGGUCUUUCGCGAAAUAGAGCCGAAUGCCCUCCAGCUCAUGAAAGAUGUCUUCGGAAACUACGUUAUACAGAAAUUUUUCGAGCAUGGUAAUCAGGUUCAGAAGAAAAUAAUCGCGGCACAGAUGAAGGGGAAGGUUACAGAGCUUUCGACCCAGAUGUACGCGUGCCGCGUUGUGCAGAAGGCGCUCGAGCACGUACUGGUCGAACAGCAGAUUGAGAUCGUCGAAGAGCUCAAGCCCGAGAUCAUGCGGAUUGUAAAAGAUCUGAACGGGAACCACGUCAUUCAGAAGAUCAUCCAAAUGGUGCCACGCCUUUGCAUUCCGUUCAUUAUGGAGGCGUUCCAAAACCAAAUCGAAUCCCUGGCAUCCCAUAGUUUCGGCUGCAGGGUCAUCCAGCGGAUUCUGGAACACGGAACGGAGACAGAGAAGAAGAUACUAAUGACCGACCUCCAUGCUUGCGCCACUAGACUUAUCACAGACCAGUUUGGGAACUACGUCACCCAACACAUCAUUGCCCAGGGCGAGCCAGAAGAUCGACAGAGAGUGAUCCAGCUGGUUCUCCAAAAGCUGCUGUUCUACUCGAAACACAAGUUCGCCUCGAACGUCGUGGAGAAGUCGAUACAAUUUGGCACUGCGGAGGACCGAAAAGCCAUCAGAAGUCAAAUCACUGCUCUGCACAGCGACGGAACUAGUCCUCUUCAACUCAUGAUGAAGGAUCAGUUCGGGAACUACGUCAUACAGAAAUUGAUGCAGCAUCUCGAGGGACCAGAUCGCGAAUCCCUCGUCGAGGAGAUGAAGCCACACUUCGCGAAUCUGAAGAAGUACAGCAGCGGACGGCAGAUCACGGCUCUAGACCGGCUCAUGUCCGCUAGCUCGACAGCUCCGGGAGGACCGACCUCAGGUAACUUGAUGAACGGAAUGCCCGUGACGUCUACAGGCCCCACGACACCGAAUCUGCUCGUCGAGGUCAACUCAACUGCGGACACGCCGUCCCUCACCAUGGAGCAAAACAGCCCCGAAAGUAAUAGCCCAUCGAGCACCAAUGCUGGCGUGGAGGAUUUCGUGAACGAGAAGAAUUCCAAGACGUCACCGCUGGACCAACCAUAUCAAACUGUUGACUUUAACGAAUCGUAAAGGGUUUGCAUUGCCUCGAAUGGCGGCCCUCUUACCAGCCCGCGGGUUGGCCCGAAUCCGACUAACGCGCACAUAAACAACCCUCGGCGAAUGGAAAUGUCGUUCGUGCACAAAAACAAAACGCCACAUUUGGCACAGGGAGGUAUG